GUAACCCGGGCCCAAGCCCUGCAGGAAAUGAUGCUUCCCUUUGCCUUACUUCUUGCCGUGGGGCUCCCAUUGGUGGGAACAAACAUCACCACUGCUGUUGAGCGUGCUCCUUGGACCUAUAAUUUGGAGUGCAAAGAAUGUGCAGUCCUGAACAACUUCAACUGUGCAUACAAAAAGAAAUGUCCAUAUGAAAUUAGACGCUGUAUGACGAUCUCCAUUCGUGUGAACUCUCGUGAACUACUCGUUUAUAAGAACUGUACAAAAGACUGCAAAUUUCUAUAUGAUGUUCAAGUGCCUCCUGAAGCCCCAAGAUCUGGUAUCAUAUCUAAUCAUUUCUAUUUUGUUCGUUGCUGUAAUGGCAUGGUUUGUAAUGAGGGAGGACCUACUAAUAUUGAAAGAGACAUACUUGUGGAUGAAACAGUUGAGGAGGAGCUUCCAGGAGGAACUGUGCGUUUCGGAGAGUCGAAAUGUGUCCUGAUCCUUGCCUCUGUCAUAGUCAGCAACACACUGACUUGAGAACCACUCCUGGGAAGUUCUGCUCAUCUUCCCCCAUUCCUCAGAGAAAUUUUGCUCUCCCUUGCUCCCUUGUAAAUCAGAGAGGCUGAUCCACAGUGCCUCCA